GUAAAAAUUUUCAUUUAACUACGUUUUCAAACUGAAUUACGAAAAGUAAAAUACAAUUUAUAAUUCUUAAUUUGCAAUUGAGUUUAAAACAUUGAAACACUUUUAAUAAUUUAAUUUAAUUUUCAUCAAUAAAACAGCGAAUAAAAGUGAAUAAACUUCUAUGAGCACAUAAACAUGCUCAGAGACAAUUGACAGCAAUGAAACCUAACCUAAUAAUAAAUUAAAAUUUCAAUCCAAAUAAUAAUAAAUAUAAUUAAAAUAUAUUGUAUGUAAUUUUAAUGAUUAUUAGUUUUAAUUGAAGAACAUUACUAAAACUAUGACAGAAGAAAUAUUGGUUACAGAAAUCCCUAGUAGUCUUAAGCAACUAGCAAGAUUAGUAGUCAGAGGAUUCUACACAAUUGAAGAUGCACUAAUUGUUGAUAUUUUAGUAAGAAAUCCAUGUAUGAAAGAAGAUGACAUUUGUGAAUUACUUAAACUUGAGAGAAAGCAGCUUCGAGCACGAAUAUCAGUACUAAAAAAUGAUAAGUUUAUCCAAGUAAGAUUGCGAAUGGAAACAGGCCCUGAUGGCAAAGCUCAAAAAGUAAACUACUACUUUAUAAACUACAAAAGUUUCGUAAAUGUAGUAAAGUACAAAUUGGAUAUUAUGAGAAAACGGAUGGAGACAGAAGAAAGAGAUGCUACCAGCAGAGCAAGUUUCAAGUGCCCUAACUGUUUAAAAACAUUUACUGAUUUGGAAGCUGACCAGCUGUAUGACUUUGUAACAAGUGAAUUUCGUUGUACAUACUGCAGAGAAGUUGUUGAAGAAGAUCAGAGUGCAAUGCCUAAAAAAGACUCCAGACUUCUUUUAGCAAAGUUCAAUGAACAAUUAGAACCCCUAUUUAUUCUAUUACGUGCAGUAGAAGGUAUUAAACUAGCGCCAGAAAUCCUUGAACCUGAACCAGUUGAUAUUAGUACAAUAAGAGGUUUGGAUGCUAAGAAAUCAAACAAUCCAUUAGAGCAAUGGUCUGGUGAAGCAACACGGAAUGCCGGCUUUGCAGUUGAAGAAACCAGAGUAGAUGUUACCAUAGGUGGAGAUAAUUCUAUAAACACUGCACUUAACAACCGUAAAGAAGCUCCAAUCUGGAUGAUGGAAUCUACUGUAAUGUCAAAUACUGACUCUCAAGUUGAUAUAAAAGCAGCAGAAUCAAUUAUUGAAGCAGCUGAAAAUGCUAAUAGUGGAAAAGCAGCAGAUGAUAUCAUGAGUGUAUUGCUUGCACAUGAGAAGAAAACAUCCACAAGUGCUGCAAAUAAUCUCAAAAGCUUACAUGGAGAUUCAGAUUCCAGUGAAGAUGAGAUGACUGAGGUGAAAGAUGAUGUAGGUGAAGUGGAAACAAUGGACAGCGAGGAAGAGGAAGAUUCAAAUGUGCCUUCAGUUAUAGUUGGAUCUAAAACUUAUAAUAUAACGGACAUCAACGACGAAAUUAUUGCUGAAAUGACUCAGUCUGAAAAAGAAAUUUAUGUACAGGUGUUUCAAGAAUAUUAUUCACAUAUGAGUUACUAAUUGAUCAGUGUUAUCAUUUAAAGAAUGCCUUAAUACAGUUCGUAAUUUAAACAAAACUGUAUAAAAAUGUAAAUGUCUUUUAUAAAGGUACAUGUAUAUAUGUA